AUGACGACGAAACGAGUAAACGAAACGACGACGGAACAGACGACGCCGAAGCGAACGAAACGCGAGGUGAGCGCGACGACGCGGGGAGGGAUGGUGUUGCAGUCGUGCGCGCGAUCGACGGCGUCGUGCCGAUCGGUGGGAGGCGGGGAGGAGGUGGCGGUGCGAGUGACGGCGGACGCGCGAGACGAGGCGCUGGAGGCGCUGCUGGGAAAGAAUCCGCGAGGGAAGGAUAAGUUUGAUAAGGUCGGUAAGGCGAAGGCGUGUGAUGCGUACUUGGGGGAGUUGAAACCGGCGGUGCGGGAACUGAUGGGACGGAUGAUGGAUGCGCGGGUGGAGCUGGCGAAUUGCGACGCCAAGCACGAACGCGCGGCGGCGGCGAUUCGAGAGUCGUUGCGCGUCGCGGAGGAGGGGAAGGCGAACGUUGAGAUACGGUUGCGAGAGGCGAUCGAGGAACAGGAACGGUUGGAAGAACGGGCAAAGAAGGCGAACGAGGGGGUAAGAUCGAGCGAGCGGGCGAAAGGAGAGGCUGAGCGUGAACGGAAAGACGCGCAGGAGGCGGCGGAGCGCGCGCGCGUCGAAGCCGAAGCCGCGGUGGAGAGAGCGGAUAGAUUGCAAGAAGAGGUCGAGCGCUUGGAGCAGGAAAUUGCGGUGUUAAAGAAGACAUUGAGCGAGACGAAUGCGGAGAUGGAAGAGAUGAAAACGUCGAAUGCGAUGUUGCAAGAGGAUAAGUCAAAGUUAACGACAGACAUCGGCACCCUUCGAGGGGAAAAGAGUGGAUUAGAGAUGCAAGUCGAGGCUUUGCAGCAGCAAGCGAACGAACACGCGACGGAGCGGGAGAGUAUGCGCGAGAAGACUGAUCGUCUGCACAAUGAACUCGCGAAAACGCGCGCGGAGAAAGAUGGGAGUUCUCAGGCGAUGACGCGAGCGCUCGAGGACGCCGUCGACGCGCGAUCAAAAGCCGCCAAAAGCGCGAGCGAAGCCGAAGCCGCGGAGGAACGCGCGCGUCGAGCAGAGGACGCACAUAAUCACGCAACAGCUGAUUUACAACGCGCACGCGUCGAACGAAACACCGCGCAGGAGCAGUUUAAUACCCUGACUGCUGAGAUUGAACAGUUGAAGCCGCAGCUCGCGGCGGUGGAAGAGAAGCUCAAGGCGAGCGCGAAACGCGUCGAGACGACAGAGCGCGAACUGCGAUCGAUGACGACUUCAAAAGAGUCGCUUGAUGCGAAAAUCGUCAAGCUCACCGAAUCUUUGCGCGUGGCCGAGCACAAGGUUGCCACGCAAACCGAACGCGCCAACGCAUCCGAGCUUGAAUCUACGCGUUUGAACGCAGAAUUAAUCGCCACUCGCGCGAGCAAAGACGCGCUUGAUCCCAAGUUGUCAAAACUUGGUAGCGAGCUCGCCGAUGCUCAAGCGGAGGCGCGACAGUUGAAGCAUCAUAAGGAGCAAAUGGAAAACGAAAUAUCAUCGCUCAAGCACUUCAUUCAAACCGUGGAGGGAGAAAAGUUGAGCUUCAAAUCUAAAGUUGAGACGCUGAACCUCGAAAAGUCCACCUUGGACGAACGAUUGCGCUCGGAAGUCGAAGCUCGACGGGAGAUGGAGGAAGAACUGCGUCAAGCGAAGAAAAUUUUGGCAAAAGCAAACCAAA